CUCACCUCACCUCACUUGCUCUCACUCACUCACGCAUUUCGUCAAACGUUUAACCAUUCACUCUCUAUUUCCUUUUAGCUGUUCAGUAUGCAUUACCAGACGGAAUCGUGGGGCUCCUACAUGCCAACAAGGAGCGUUGGAGACCCAUUGGAGCGCAUAGAGAGACUGGCCUCAGAGAAUGCGGUGGUGAUAUUCAGCAUCAGUUCUUGCUGUAUGUGCCACGCCAUUAAGAGGCUCUUCUGCGGGAUGGGCGUGAACCCCACGGUCUACGAGCUCGACGAGGACCCCAGAGGGAAGGAGAUGGAGAAGGCCUUGACGAGGCUUCUGGGUAGUUCCUCGGCGGUUCCGGUGGUCUUCAUCGGCGGGAAGCUCGUCGGAGCAAUGGACAGAGUCAUGGCCUCCCAUAUUAAUGGGACGCUGGUGCCUCUCCUCAAGGACGCCGGUGCUCUCUGGCUUUAAUUCUCUUCUUUCCCAACAGUUUUUAGAGAGAGAUAGAGAGAGGAGUUAUAGCUCUUUUUACACACCAAAAAAAAAAAAAAAAGGGAAAGAAGAGGGUGCGGAGGAGGAGGAGUUGGUCUGCGAGUCUCCUCCAUUUUGGACACACUACUGAUGUGUUAAUUUCCUCUUUGUUUCUGCUUUUCUUGUUUUUAUUUUUGUCUAUUUGGGUCUGUUGCUUUUGUUUUGUGUCUCACUAAUCUGAGCUGCAGAGAGAAAUGUAAUUGCUCCCUCCUCUGUAUAGAAACAGAAAUUAAAAAAAAAACUACUGAGUUUCUCAUCUGAAGCUUCUUCAUCA